AUGGUUGGAGGACUUCAAUAUCUCACUUUAUCUCGCCCAGACAAUGCUUAUGCCGUCAACCAAGUCUGUCAAUACAUGCACAAUCCCAAGACUACUCAUCUACAACCCGUCAAACGCAUUUAUUGUUACAUAAACGGGACUAUUGAACAUGGUCUUAUUUAUCGCUCUUCCCCUGAUUACACCUUACAUGCCUUCUAUGAUGCAGAUUGGGCCGGCUCUCUUGACGAUCGUCAUUCAACUAGUAGGGCCUGCAUCUUUCUUGGUCCCGAUAUUCUCACUUGGACCGCCAAAAAGCAAUCCCCCAUCUCUAGGUCCAGCUCAGAAGCUGAGUAUAGAGCCGUUGCUACAACAGUUGCUAAACUUCAAUGGUUUCGUUAUCUUUUCCGUGAACUUGGGGUUCCUCUUCACACUCCACCAUGCGUCUUUGUCGACAAUAUUUCCGCUCUUCACAUGGCUGCAAAUCCCAUCUUCCAUGCUCGCACCCUUCAUAUUGAAAUUGAUUAUCAUUUUGUUAGUGAAUUACUAGCACAUGGAGUUCUUUGCUCACGUUAUGUCUCUUCCCAACAUCAAUUAGCCGAUAUUUUUACCAAAAGUCUCUCCAGAGAACGGUUCUCCUUUCUUUCUGGCAAGCUCAAUCUCCACUUGGUUCUGUUUCACUUGAGCGGGGGUGAAGAGAACGACAAUCAAGCUAAGAAUCCCACUAUCUCAAGUCAACCUCCCAUCACAACGUGA